AUGGAACCUUCAACAGAAAAGAACCUUGCUUUAAUCGAAACUGCCAAGUCCCUAGCGAACACGCCUUGGUGCGAGCAAUAUGAACGUAUGAUAUCAGGAAUGCUAUACGACCCCCUCGCCCCAGAACUCAUGCAAAGCCGUUACCGAGCCCGCCAGUUAAUGUCAAAAUACAAUGCACCGAUACCCGAUGACAUAUCAUUCGAAGAUCUCACACAACAGCGCGAGAAUCUGCGAAAGCAACUUCUGGGGUCCGUUGGAAACGGCGCAUUUAUUGAGCCUCCACUGAUGGUCGAUUACGGGUGCAAUAUCAAGAUUGGCGAGGGCUUUUAUGCUAAUUUCAGGUAUGCUAUCUCGACCUCAUUUUUCACCUCAUUCACUGACCCUUGA